CCGCCGCCGCCGCGUCGCUCCGGUCUCUGCAGCCCAUGAAGUGACUUCGGAGCCUCCACCGGCCCCGCUGCUGCCGUCGCGCCGAACACCGAGCUCUGCUGGCCAUGGGCAACCUGAUAAAGGCCAUCCAGCACCCCGGGGACGCGCAGCUGCAGCAGGCGGCCUGGCGCGCCGUGUGUCCGCUCGUGGCCAAGCUCAAGCGCUUCUACGAGUUCUCGCUGCGCUUGGAAAACGCGCUGCGGAGCUUGCUGGAGGCGCUCACGUGCCCGCCCUACGCGCCCACGCAGCACCUGGAGCGCGAGCAGGCCCUGGCCAAGCAGUUCGCCGAGAUCCUCCACUUCACCCUCAGCUUCGACGAGCUCAAGAUGACCAACCCCGCCAUCCAGAACGACUUCAGCUACUACCGCCGCACGCUCAGCUGCAACCGGCUCAACAACCCGCAGCUGGAGGCCGAGAGCGAGGUCAACACCGAGAUGGCCAACAGGAUGUCCCUCUUCUACGCCGAGGCCACCCCCAUGCUCAAGACGCUCAGCAACGCCACCACCAAGUUCGUGUCGGAGAACAAGACGCUCCCCAUCGAGGACACGACCGACUGCCUCAGCACCAUGGCCUGCGUGUGCCGAGUGAUGCUGGAGACACCGGAGUAUCGGAGCCGCUUCACCAACACCGAGACCCUCCUCUUCUGCAUGCGCGUCAUGGUGGGCGUCAUCAUCCUCUACGACCACGUCCACCCCGUGGGCGCCUUCGCCAAGACCUCCAAGAUUGACAUGAAAGGAUGCAUCAAAGUCCUCAAGGAGCAGCCGUCCAACAGCACCGAGGGGCUCCUCAACGCGCUGAGGUACACGACCCGGCACCUGCACGAUGACACCACGUCCAAGCAGAUCCGCGCGCUGCUCCAGUGAGCGCCGCGGGACCGGCCGCGGCGGCGCCUGUCACCGUUUUGU